GCAAGACCAUUGUUCGUGCUCGGACCCACCGCUGCUAGUGCAUUACCCGAAGCGCGCGUCUACCAGUCACCAGCACCAUGCCCGCCGUCGGUGCUCCGUACGCGGCGCUGCUGUCCAGUCUCAAGGUGGGAGACUUGACACUCAAAAACCGCAUUAUUAUGUCCGCCAUGACGCGUGCUCGCUCCAUCAACAACGUUCCCAACGACAUGAACCGGGCCUACUACGAGCAACGAGCUGGCGCCGGCCUUAUCAUUACAGAGGGCGUCCCGAUUGACAAGCGGGGUUCUGCUUGGACAGACGUGCCCGGAAUCUACACGGAAGAGAUGGCCGAGGGCUGGAAGCGAGUAACAGACGGCGUCCAUGCCAAGGGCGGCUUGAUCUUUGCCCAACUGUGGCACAUGGGUCGCCAAGCACACAGCUCGUUUUUUGAUGGCAAGCUACCCGUUGGCCCAUCCCCCUUGAAGAUUGAGUCACCCAAGGGCGUCCCCAACGCGGACGGCGAGUUUGUGCCGUAUGAGGUUCCCCACGCGCUUACCGUGGACGAAAUCCAAGAAAUUGUACAGCAAUACAAACAGGCUGCCCUGCUGGCCAAGGCGGCCGGCUUUGACGGCAUCGAGAUGCAUGCGGCCAAUGGAUAUUUGGUGGAUCAGUUUCUGCAGUCGUGCUCCAACCAGCGCACAGAUGAGUAUGGUGGUAGCAUCGAGAACCGUUAUCGCUUCUUGGAUCAGUUGAUGGACGUGGCCCUGGAAGCCUUCCCCAAGGAGCGCGUCGGCGUGCGCAUCAGCCCCAAUACCAACUUUGGUGGUUCGGGCUCCCCCGACUUUCGUGAAACGUUCACUUAUGUCGCCGAGCAGGUCGGCAAGCGGGAAGUGGCGUACCUGCAGGUCCUGGAUGGUCUGGCUUUUGGAUUUCAUGAACUGGGUGAGCCGAUGACCCUGGACGAGUUCCGGCCUCUGGUGUCAGAGAAGACAAAGAUCUUUGGCAACGUCGGCUACACACCCGAGUCGGGUGAGGAGGCGAUCACAUCUGGUGUCGCGGAUGCCAUUACCUAUGGACGUUACUUUUUGAGCAACCCCGAUUUUCCUGAGCGUCUGGCCAACAACUGGCCGCUCAAUGAGCCCCCGGAGCAUGCAGCCUGGUUUACGCCUGAUCUGCCCAACCGCGAAAAGUAUUCCACGUCCUGGGGCUACACAGAGUACCUACCCUAUCCCGAGGAGGCCAAGCAAGCAGCUUCAGCGUGAAGAGCAUGACGUGAGCGGGCUUUCUUCCAGCUCUGAUCAACGCCACUCAACUGUGUUGGGUCGGGCGGCGUUAUGUCCUUUCCAGCUUUCGCCGCAUGGGCACAUGUUGGUCCUUUGAUCUGUUAACCGUGUACAUGUAUGUGCCAUUUUUUUUACUGAAAUUCAAUGAUGAAAGAUGCCCUCGUUCGUGUCGAGAAAUCGAUCACACACACACACACACACACACACACACACACACACACACACACACACACACACACACACACACACACACACA